CGUGGCCUCUCAGGAAUGCGCGGGCGCGAGGGCGGGGCGCGGCUGAAGAAUGGGCAGGCACUUCAGCCAAUAGGCUCCUGGUGCCGUCCGGACCAGCCAAUCACGAUGUGGGGGUGGGGCCGUCCUCCCGUGGGCGGGGCCGAAGCGCAUCCCGGCGGCGGACGCGGGGAGGGGAGAGGGGCGCUCGGAGGGACGGCAGCGGGCGCCCGGCGGGGGCUGCCCAGGGCCAGGGCCAGGCUCCCGGAGCCGCACAGCAUGGACCCCCCGGAGCCCGAGCCCGAGCCGGAGCCGCCAGCCCCCGCUGCCGCUGCUGAAGGAAAUGAGGUAAAAUACGAUCCGAACAAUAAUGAGGAGGAGGAGGAGGAGGAGGAGGGAGAACAGUUCGAUUUUGACAGCGGAGAUGAGGUUCCAGAAGCGGACAGAGGAGCCCCGGGCGCCCCCGAGGCUGGGCACGUGGGAGCCGCCGCCCCCACCAGCUCAGGAGGGGCAGACGGGACAGGGACCGACAAGGGCGCGCCGGUGGAACCGACUAAGCUUGGGGUCCCAGCGAGAGUGAACCCCUACUCCAUCAUCGACAUCACGCCCUUCCAGGAAGAGCAGCCUGCGCCCCCAGACCCCGAGGCCCAGGAGGAGGGCGUGAGCCUGCACGUGCCCAGCGGGUACUCGGUGCCCGUGCCCUGCGGCUACGCCGUGCCCUCCAACCUGCCCGCGCUCCUGCCCGCCUACUCCAGCCCCGUCAUUGUGCGCUCCGUGUCCCUGGACGAGGAAGAGACCCCCGAAGCGGCGGAAGACGGCCAGGGCAACUCUCUGAGUUCUGAGGACCCAGCAAACAGCGAGGACCGGGCCCGCGCCGAGGACAGCCCCCUGGCCCGCUGGGUGGCAGACCCCGCCAACACCGCCUGGAUGGACAACCCAGAGGAAGCCAUUUACGACGACGUGCCGAGGGAGGAGUCAGACUCCGAACCAGAUGAGAUGAUCUACGACGACGUCGAGAACGGAGACGAGGGUGGGAACAGCUCCCUGGAGUACGGAUGGAGUUCCAGUGAGUUUGAGAGUUACGGGGAGCAGAGCGACUCCGAGGGCAGGAACGGGGUGCCCCGGUCCUUCCUGCGCAGCAGCCACAGGAAGCAGCUGUCCCAUGACCUGGCCCGGGUGAAGGCGCGCUAUGAGAGAAAGAUGAGGGAGCUGGUGGCCAGCACAGUGGGCUCGGGUGAGAUUCAGCAGCUAAAGCAGAAGCAGGAGCUGAAGGUGCAGAAGCUGAUGAAGGCUGCCAAGGAGGGCACGCGGGACGGGCUGGAGAAGACCAAGGCCGCCGUGAAGAAGGGCCGCUCCUUCAUCAGGACCAAGUCCUUCAUUUCCCAAGAUCCCAGGCCGUGCCUCGAGGAGGAGCAGAGCGUGUUCAUCGACGUGGACUGCCGGCACCCCGAGGCUGUGCUCACCCCGAUGCCCGAGGGGCUGUCCCAGCAGCAGGUGGUCCGGAGGUACAUUCUGGGCUCGAUUGUCGACAGCGAGAAGAACUACGUGGACGCCCUCACGCGGAUCCUGGAGCAGUACGAGCGGCCGCUGGCGGAGAUGGAGCCGCGGGUGCUGAGCGAGCGGAAGCUGCGGGUGGUGUUCCACCGGCUCCGGGAGGUGCGGCAGUGCCACCGCCUGUUCCAGAUGGCGCUGGCCAGCCGCGUGGCCGAGUGGGACGCCGUGGAGAUGAUCGGCGACGUCUUCGUGGCUUCGUUCUCCAAGUCCAUGGUGCUGGACGCCUACAGCGAGUACGUCAACAACUUCAGCGCGGCCGUGGCCGUCCUCAAGAAGGCCUGCUCCACGAAGCCCGCCUUCCUGGAGUUCUUAAAGCAGAGCCAGGAGUCCAGUCCCGACCGUGUCACGCUCUACAGCCUGAUGAGCAGGCCCAUCCAGAGGUUCCCGCAGUUCAUCCUGCUGCUCCAGGACAUGCUGAGGAACACGCCCCGCGGACACCCCGACCGGCUGCCCCUCCAGAUGGCGCUGACGGAGCUGGAGACGUUAGCAGAGAAACUGAACGAGAGAAAGCGAGACGCAGAUCAGCGCUGCGAAAUGAAGCAGCUAGCGAAAGCCAUAAACGAGAGAUACCUGAACAAGCUUCUCAGCAGUGGGAGCCGGCACCUCAUCCGGUCCGACGACGUGAUCGAGACCGUCUACAACGACCGCGGCGAGGUCCUCAAGACCAAGGAGCGGCGGCUGCUCAUGCUGACCGACGUGCUCAUGUGCGUCACGGUCAGUGCCCGGCCGGGCCAGGACAGCCACACGCUGCUGCCGGCCGGCCAGAGGCAGCUGCUGAAGUGGAGCGUGCCGCUGGGCCACGUGGCGGUCGUCGAGUACGGCCACCCCGAGGGCGCCGCCGAGCACCCCCCCGAGAGCCUGGCUGUGGUGGCCAACGCCAAGCCACACAGAGUCCACGUGGGGCCCGGGCAGCUGUACCAGGACCUGCAGAACCUGCUGCACGACCUCAAUGUGGUGGGGCAGAUCGCGCAGCUCGUCGGGGACCUGCGGGGGCACUACCAGAACCUGAACCAGGCCGUGGCCCACGACUGGGCGUCCGGGCUGCAGAGGCUGGUCCUGCGGAAGGAGGAGGAGAUCCGCGCGGCCGACUGCUGCCGGCUCCAGCUGCAGCUCCCGGGCAAGCAGGACAAGUCCGGGCGGCCCACCUUCUUCACGGCCGUGUUCAGCACCUUCACGCCCGCCUGCAAGGAGUCCUGGCUCAGCAGCCUGCAGAUGGCCAAGCUCGCGCUGGAGGAGGACAACCACCUGGGCUGGUUCUGCGUGGAGGACGACGGGAACCAGGUCAAGAAGGACCGGCACCCGCUCCUCCUGGGACACAUGCCGGUGACGGUGGCCAAGCAGCAGGAGUGCAAGAUCGAGUGUGCCGUCUACAACCCCGAGCCCCACCCGGGCCGCGUGGGCCGGCCGGACCCAACGGGCGCAGCCCAGGGCUUCCUGUGGAUCGGAAGUUGUACGGGUCAGAUGGGCCAGAUCGCCAUCGUCUCCUUCCACAACUCCAGCCCCAAAGUCAUCGAGUGCUUCAACGUGGAGUCGCGCAUUCUCUGUAUGGUGCACACGCCGGCGGAGCGCGGCCCCCAGCCCAGCCCCGCCCCGGAGCCCGGGACCGCUGCCGGGAGUGCCCUGGGCGUCCCCACCGUCUGCCUGGGGACCGAGGAAGGAAGCAUCUCCGUCUACAAAAGUAGCCCAGGCGCCAAGAAAGUGCGGCUGCAGCAGUUCUUCACCCCCGACAAGGCCACGGUCCUGAGCUUGGCCUGCACGCCGCGCAACCUGUACGCGGGCCUGGUCGAUGGGGCCGUGGCCGUCUACGCAAAAGCACAAGACGGAUCCUGGGAUUCCGAGCCUCAGAAAGUGAUAAAGUUGGGCGUGCUGCCGGUCCGGAGUCUGCUGAUGGCGGAGGACACCCUGUGGGCGGCCUCGGGAGGCCAGGUCUCCAUCGUCAGCGUGGACACGCACGCCGUGGGGAGCCAGCUGGAGGCCCACCAGGAGGAGGGCAUGGUGGUCUCGCACAUGGCCAUUGCUGGCGUGGGGAUUUGGAUCGCCUUCACCUCCGGGUCUACGCUGCGCCUGUUCCACACGGAGACCCUCAAACACCUCCAGGACAUCAACAUAGCCACGCCUGUCCACCACAUGUUACCAGGUCCUUCGCAUCCAGACAGCACCCCGGCCACCUGGCCCCCAACCCUCUCUGUCCCCGCAGGGCCCCAGCGGCUGUCCGUGACCAGCCUGCUCGUCUGCCACGGCUUGCUGAUGGUCGGCACCAGCCUGGGGCUCGUGGUGGCCCUGCCCGUCCCUCGUCUGCAGGGCAUCCCCAAAGUGACAGGGAGGGGCAUGGUCUCCUACCACGCACACCACGGGCCCGUCAAGUUCCUGGUCACGGCCACCGCUGCGCCCAGGGCCGACAAGGACAAGCCCGCGGACAGCCCGCCCCCGGGCCCGGACCCCCCGGAGGAAGACCGGAAGGACGCCGCCCCCUGCCCGAGCCCGGGCGGCCCCGACGCCGUGUGGCUGGGGGGUUCGCUGGGCUCCGUGACGCACAGGAGCGAGCUGUCAGGGUCGUCCGGGUCCCUGGAGCCCAGGCCCGAGGACAGCAUCCUCCACGACCUCCUGCGGCACCCCAGCACCCUGCCGGGGGGAGGGCGCCGCGCCCGCAGGGCCAGGGUCAGCUCGGUGCUGGUGGCGUGCGGGGGCCAGGGCCACCGGCGGGUGGGCAGGAGGCCCCGGCAGCAGCGGCCCGAGGAGCUGGCCUCCUCCAUCAUGGUCUGGCAGAUCCCCCUGCUGCACGUGUGACGGCGCCGCUCAGAGCAGCUUCGGGAAGAAAUGUGCAAUAUCGGGGGGUGGCGGCGCCCCUGCCUUCUCCCUGCGGAGAACUGGACCAAGGCGAGCAGGCAGGAGACGCGGCGGGAGCCCUCCAGGCCCUGGGGCUCCCCGCGCUCGACCGCCACCGCCACCCGCCAGCACGACCUCCACGCCUUCCCACACCUUCCAGUCCCGUUGCUCGGGGCCGUGCGAGCCGUGCCCACGGGAAAUGCCGCGUGUCCCGCGGGGUGGGGGCUCGCUACCAGUUCCUAAAACGCCCUCCGGCUCAGAGCCGCUGUGUAUUUAUAUUGUGCGUCUUCGUUCCGGGAGGAACCUGAGGCAGUGACGAAAGCCGCGCAGGUGUCACUGGCUUUCUGACGCGAGCUGGUUUCCCGAGGGGUCUCGUGUGCCUAUUGUAUGUUUUAACAAAGUAGUAUUUUUAUAUUGCAUUUUUCUAUUAAAAACUAACAGCUAA